UUGUCACCGCUGAUAGAUCCAACAAAGUUUUCAGCUGGUGCCAAAAUAAAGUACAAGCUGAACACAGAAGUAAAAAGAAACUUGUCUCUAACGCUGGUUCCUGAUGAAAAUGCAACGCACAUGAUCAUCGUAAACAUACUAGGUAUAAGAACAGCCAUUGCUAUACCUAAUCUCGCUUUGAAUGCAAUGAACAACAUUUUAUUAAAACAGUACAAAGAUCCCAUGGCGCAGUCUGUUACUUGUAUUCAAGAAGUAUUGAAGGCAGCUAUUGCAGAAGUCUCAAAGUCUUUGGACCGAUACCCAUCGUUGCGAAAUGAUGUGGUUUUCCUAAUCGGAGCAUCCAUAGAAAAGGAAGCAGGUAGUUGUAAAGAGAGACUUCUGUCCCACAUAGACUCCAAUAUGUUCUACAUAAACUACCACCAUCCAGAUUUUGACAGCACUGUGUGUGAUGUUUUGGCUCCUCCUGCUGGCCCAGUCAAACUUUGGGAGAAUUCAACAGUUGAAGAAGAAACUGUGGAAAAUACAGAAGAUGAUGCAAUUGGCUGCACUAUGCCUUCCACGGAAACUUUAGUGGCUGCCUUGAAAGCUAAUGAAAGUAAUCAAAAGAACGUUCACUGUGCUUCAGCAUUGGUGAUGAAAAUUCUUGAGCCUGUACAGAAACAAAUGGAGGACGUUGCUAUGAAGUAUAUAAUCUUCUUUUUAGUGAAAAAAGUAUUAGAUUUCAUUAAGAAACAUUUAUUGAAUGCACUUUUAGAAUCUUCUAAUUUUAGUAAACUUAUGGAAGAUUGUGAAGCAGACUUCUGCUGGAAGGAAGAAACUGAAACCACCUGCAGAAUAUUGCAAGAAGCACUCGAUGCUAUAAAAGACUUCUGAAACAAUUAUUUCCCCUAGAGGAUUUCAUCUCUUAACUUAAUCAUUCAGCUGUAUUAGUUUAUAGCACUUGUUCUAAUCAAAGCUAUCACUUAUAUAUUUUUUCAUACGACUCUUGUGCCUAUUUUGUAUUUUUUCACUUAAAAAUAUUUGAGUGCUUUUGUAAAAUAGCAAUAAAAUGUUGUUAUUUAUCUUUGAA